CUGACCUAAACAACGUCAGGUUCUCAGCGUACAGGACUGCCAUGAAACUCCGCAGGCUGCAGAAAGCCCUCUGCUUGGAUCUUCUGAGUCUGUCUGCUGCAUGUGAUGCCUUGGACCAGCACAACCUCAAACAAAACGACCAGCCGAUGGAUAUUCUGCAGAUUAUUAACUGCUUGACCACCAUUUACGAUCGACUGGAACAAGAGCACAAUAACCUGGUCAACGUUCCUCUCUGCGUGGACAUGUGCCUCAACUGGCUGCUGAAUGUCUACGACACGGGUCGAACAGGAAGGAUCCGUGUCUUAUCUUUCAAAACUGGUGUUGUAUCCCUUUGUAAAGCACACCUGGAAGAUAAAUAUAGAUACCUGUUCAAGCAAGUGGCAAGCUCCACCGGCUUCUGUGACCAGCGCCGGCUGGGGCUCCUGCUGCACGACUCCAUCCAGAUCCCUCGGCAGCUGGGGGAAGUGGCCUCCUUUGGGGGCAGCAAUAUUGAGCCGAGCGUCAGAAGCUGCUUCCAGUUUGCCAACAACAAACCAGAGAUUGAAGCAGCCCUCUUCCUGGACUGGAUGAGGCUGGAACCACAGUCCAUGGUGUGGCUGCCCGUCUUGCACAGGGUGGCUGCUGCUGAGACCGCCAAACACCAAGCGAAGUGUAACAUCUGCAAGGAGUGCCCAAUCAUUGGAUUCAGGUACAGAAGUUUAAAGCACUUUAACUAUGACAUCUGCCAAAGUUGCUUCUUCUCUGGCCGUGUUGCAAAAGGUCAUAAAAUGCACUACCCCAUGGUGGAAUACUGCACACCAACAACUUCAGGAGAAGACGUCCGUGACUUUGCCAAGGUACUAAAAAACAAAUUUCGAACAAAAAGAUACUUUGCAAAGCACCCACGAAUGGGCUACCUGCCUGUGCAAACAGUGUUGGAGGGAGACAACAUGGAAACUCCUGUUACUCUGAUCAACUUCUGGCCAGUAGAUUCUGCGCCUGCCUCGUCCCCUCAACUUUCACACGAUGAUACUCAUUCACGCAUUGAACAUUAUGCUAGCAGGCUAGCAGAAAUGGAGAACACCAAUGGUUCUUAUCUAAAUGACAGUAUUUCACCUAAUGAGAGCAUCGACGAUGAACACUUGUUAAUCCAGCACUACUGCCAAAGUCUGAACCAGGAGUCCCCCCUGAGCCAGCCCCGAAGCCCUGCCCAGAUUCUGAUUUCUCUGGAGAGUGAGGAAAGAGGGGAACUGGAGAGAAUCCUCGCAGACCUGGAGGAGGAAAACAGGAACUUGCAAGCAGAGUACGACCGUUUGAAGCAACAGCAUGACCACAAAGGACUGUCUCCACUGCCAUCCCCGCCGGAGAUGAUGCCGGUUUCUCCGCAGAGCCCCCGGGAUGCUGAGCUCAUUGCAGAAGCCAAGCUGCUUCGCCAGCACAAGGGCCGCCUGGAGGCCAGAAUGCAGAUUCUGGAGGAUCACAACAAACAGCUGGAGUCACAGCUGCACAGACUGAGGCAGCUGCUGGAGCAGCCGCAGGCAGAUGCCAAGGUGAACGGUACAACACUAUCAUCUCCUUCUACCUCUUUGCAGAGGUCAGACAGCAGUCAGCCCAUGCUUCUUCGUGUAGUUGGCAGCCAGACUUCAGAAACCAUGGGUGAGGAUGAGCUGCUCAGCCCUCCCCAGGACACAAGCACAGGUUUGGAGGAAGUGAUGGAGCAGCUGAACAACUCCUUCCCCAGCGCCAGAGGCCACAAUGUAGGGAGCCUUUUCCACAUGGCAGACGACUUGGGAAGAGCGAUGGAAACCUUAGUGACAGUGAUGACCGACGACAAGGUGUUAGAAUAGCAAGAUGUGUUUUACAACUUCAGGCGUUCCGCAUGGUUUUUAUAAUAUUCAUACUACAAAGAGGAUUAGACUGUAAGAGUUUACAAGAAAAAAAAAAAAUCUAUAUUUUUGUGAAGGGUAGUGGUACUAUACUGUAGAUUUCAGUAGUUUCCUAAGUCUGUUACUGUUUUGUUAACAAUGGCAGGUUUUACACGUCUAUGCAAUUGUACAAAAAUUAUAAGAAAACUACAUGUAAAAUCUUGAUAGCUAAAUAACUUGCCAUUUCUUUAUAUGGAACGCAUUUCGGGUUGUUUAAAAAAAAUUUAUAACAGUUAUAAUGAAAGAUUGUAAACUAAAGUGUGCUUUAUAAAAAUAAUUGUUUAUAGAAACCCCCUUUAAAAAACACAAAAAAAAUACUGAGGCAGUGCAUUUGUUUAGUAUCAUUUCAGCUCUGUAACUGCAUCUGAGAGAUUCAUGUUCUGUGUUCUUUUCCUUGCCUAUCAAAAAGGAAAAAAAGAAAAAGUAUUUCCUGCAGCGACACCAAAAUGAACAACUUGGGUUUCUCAUUGCUUUUGUCUCACUAGGGCUGGCUUAAAAAAAAAGACUCCUGAACUUCCAGUGAAGGUAGUUAUGUCACCUCUUUCCAGUAAAAUUAAGAAUUACAUUAAUCACACAGCCAGUUUGCAAUAAUUAAAUGAAAGAGCACAUUACAUGACAGAGCCUGCAAAAAAUUAAUGAAAAAAAUAAAAGUAAAAACCCCAGAAGAAAGAAGGAAA